GUCAUAGGUUUCAAUGGUAGUCACAACACUGGGGUAACCUCAAAUUCACACUGUUUUAAAAAUAUCAAAAAUGUCAAUUUUAAAAAGAAGUUGCGCUUUAUUAUCAAAUACAAUUAAUAAAUUGGCAUUAAAUCAAAACAUAGUUAAGUAUUCACUAUACAAAUUGGAUUCAAGAUUACAGUUUGAAAUUAAAUCAAACUUUUCUCAAGAAGAACAGCAAAAAAUUUUAAAUACCUUGAAUCACUCAAAUGCUGAAGAAUUAUUAAAAUAUAACAUGUCCAAAGCCCGAAUAAAAUCUUUGGAAGAAUGGAAGACUAAAAGAGGGCCUUUUACAAACAUUAACGAUAUUUUACAGCUUGAAGGAAUGGGAGAAAAAUUAGUAGGGAAGUUUUUUGAAAACAUCAUAAAUGACAAUGUUACUGAAAUUAAAGUGAACAAUGGAAAUAAAAGAUUCAAACAAAUAUUAACACCUGCAAUAUCACAGUCUACAAUCAAUGAUUUGGAAUAUGCUGUUGGUAUACAUUUAGACCCAAUUGGCAUCAGUUGGGCUAAACUUUCCAAGCAAGACAACAAGCUAAUCGACUUGAAUUUUAAAUUGUUGACCUCACUGCCAAAUAAAUUAACAUUCAAUGAAACAUUGACUGUGGCUAUUGAAACAGUUCAAGUUUUACCUACUGGAAAUGUUUUUAUAUUUGAAGGAAAUUCACCACCUAGUCAAACUGCCAAAGUUGCUGCCAUUUCGUCAUACAGUCAGCAUUUAGAAUUAAUGGCAAUGCUUUUUGCACUUUUGAACACCAGUCCUAAACACAAUCCUACCUUUGAUAUUCUAUCCAAUUCAAACAUAGAGACUCAUAACAGAAUCUACCAGCUCAGAUCCAAAGUACCAGCAAGACUCUUUAAAACUUUGGUCGGAAACGAAAAGGUUUCUGCAUCACGGUCGAUUUCCCAACUGAUAAAUGGUGAAGAAGAAUGUUCAGUACCUUGCAGUCCUAUUAAAGUGGAUUUCGACAUUAAAACUCGCUACCACUCGCAAAAUGCAAUCAAUAAAGAUUUAAUGGGUCAAGCUUUGAUGUUGGUUAUUAGUUUUAUGGAUUUGUGUGUGUACAAAAACUCUAAGAGUUUGAAUUCUUUAAUUCCAGGUAAAAGACAAUAAAUUUUAUUUAAGUUUUAAUGCGUUUGUAAAUAUUGUAAUUUAUAUGUACAAAAUAUAAAUA